AUGUCAGAAACUCCAAAGCCCAGCGUGAGUUAUAAUGACUCUCUGAAGAUGGUCCACAACCCCGAUGGCAGCGUCACCAGGCUCACCCUCUUCCCCAUCACCUCUGCAUCACCUAACCCUGAUCAAUACACCACCCACACGAGUCCGUUCCUCUCCAAGGACAUCACCAUCAACACACAGAAGAACAUCUGGGUCAGAGUCUUCCUCCCACGCCAAGCCCUCGAAAACAACGCCACAACCUCCAAGCUGCCCCUCAUCGUUUACUUCCAUGGCGGUGGUUUCAUUACUUGCAGCGCCAACACCAGCGUUUUUCAUGAUCUCUGCGCCGGCAUGGCAACGGAUCUCAGUGCGGUUGUCGUCUCCCUAGAGUACCGCCUUGCGCCAGAGUAUCGGCUGCCAGCAGCCUAUGACGAUGCGGAGGAGGCGUUGCACUGGAUCAAGAGCACAGACGAGCCCUGGGUGAUGAAGUACGCUGACACAUCAUGUUGUUUUCUCAUGGGCAGUAGUGCAGGAGGGAACAUGGCGUACUUUGCCGGUGUACGCGUGGCUGGGGCGGUUGAGGAAUUCAAGCCCUUGAGGAUUAAAGGGUUGAUAAUGCACCAUCCAUUUUUCGGAGGGAUGAAGAGGAGUGGGUCAGAGGUGAGGUCGGAAAAUGACACCAUACUAUCUCUGUCUGCCACUGAUCUGAUGUGGGAAUUGGCAUUGCCGGAGGGCGCUGACCGUGACCAUGAGUAUAGCAAUCCGAUGGUGGAGAAAGGAGCAGAGCAGUGUGAGAAGAUCGGAAGGUUGGGGUGGAAGGUGCUGGUGACAGGUUGUGAGGGGGAUCUGUUGCUUGACAGGCAGAAGGAAUGGGUUGAAAUGGCAAAGAAGAAGGGAGUAGCAGUGGACUCAUCUUUCGUUGAGGGAGGUUUUCAUGUGAUAGAGCUGGUAGACGCAUCCAAAGCUAAGGCCAUGUUUCGGUUAAUCAACAAAUUCAUGCUUUCUUAG